AUGAUGUGUGAGAGCGAUAACGAAAGUGAGAACAAUUCGUCGGCUCACAUUUCUGUUUUUGAGCAACGCGCAUACAUUAAAAUCGAAACGAUUCGUGGUAAAACAGUGCCUGAAAUUCAUGCCGCGUUAAAUGAAGUAUGUGGAACGGAUACUGUGGAUCGUAGUACGAUGCAAAGAUGGCAUCAGCGAUUCCGUGAUGGUCGUAUAAGUAAAAGUUCGUCGCCAGCAAACAAAGGUGAAACAAAUGAUGAUUUUUGCUUACGAUAAACUUGGGAUAAUUGUCACUGAUCGAGUUCCAAUUGGCAGUAGUGUAAUCGGGGAUUACUACAAAACAUUCCUUGCCAAAAAAUUNUUGCACGAUAAUGCGCGGCCGCAUAUCGGAGCACCAGUCGUCGCUCUUUUGGAGAAAUAUGGAUGGGAACGCCUCAAACACCCACCGUAUUCGCCGGAUUUAAGUCCCCCGGACUUUGAUUUAUUUCCAAAACUGAAGGAACCACUUAGAGGGAUCCGUUUUCCCAACUUAGAUAUACUAAAUAAAGAAGUGAGCCAAAGGAUCCGUGAACUCAACAAAGAUGGCGUCCUAUGCGGCAUUCAAGCGCUCCCGAAACGAUGA